AAACAGCUAAAGUGUGCUAGCCUGCGCAGGGCAGCAGAGAUGGUGCUCUGUGAGCGCACCUGGUUUUAUUUCCCUGAAAGACAACCGACCUCUCUUCUGGCAUUGCGCAAAGCAAAUGUCUUAACUAACAUAUUUGAAUGAACAGGACAGCGGGGAUAGACUGAGCGAGUUCAAACUGUACUGUCAGUAGCUGAAAGAUGGAAGAGUUUGUCAGAAACGCUCUGGGCCGGGUCACAGUGUACUCCAUCCAGGGCUGCCCCCAUUGUGUUCAAGCGAAGGCCACACUGGGACGUUUGGGAGUACCAGUGUGCGACGUCGAUGUGGGGAAACAUCCAGAGUUAAGAUCCAGGGUGAAGGAGCUGACCGGACGCAGCUCGGUUCCUCAGAUCUUCUUCAACAACAUCCAUGUCGGGGGAAACGACGACCUACAAAAAUUGGCUCCUGAGGAGCUUCAGAGGUUAGUGAAUCUAGUUAAGGAAGAGCCUCUUCCAGCAGAUGCUCCACCACUACCAGAGGAGGGUCAACAGGAGGGCACGACUGGAGACACAGAUGGAGAGUUUCAGUGUGAAAGAGAUGAGUUUGCAGACCUGGUAGAGGACCUCAAACAUGGCAGUGUGAUUGGAAGUCAUAGGAGGGGCCUGACAGUGUACAAAAACAGCUUCUCAGGUGAUCAACUGGUUGACUGGCUGCAGAGAGAGAAGGGCAUGGCCAGAGAUGAGGCCUAUAAAACUGGCCAGGCAUUGUUGCAGAAGAAGUACAUGGUGAGUGUCCGUGGCUGUGGGCAGCAGGAUGGCAGUUUUGGAGAAGGAAAGGAAACCAUGGAUACACUUUACAGGCUGCUGGAGGAUGACCCUCAUUCAGCCCUCAACACAGGACAGACAGCAGCUUGCAGUCCCAUUGAGGCCUCUGAGCUCUCUUUGCUUUUACGGGAGAUGAUUCUGAAACUGUUCUCUGAGCAUCUUUCUGCUGAUGGCAAGUCAGUGGACUACAAAGGCAUGUCCCUGAGCCCUGCCUUCGAGCGUUACUGUGAUCUAGCCAUUCAGCUGCAGAGAGUGGAGCUGCUUUCACUCGGCCGGGAGGAGAAGCUGGCCUUCUUCAUCAACAUCUAUAAUGCCUUGGUCAUCCAUGGAUACCUACGCCUAGGGGCCCCUACCAACAUGUGGCAAAGAUACAGGUUCUUUAACUAUGUCAGCUACCUCAUUGGCGGAGAGGUGUACACAUUACAGGACAUCGAGAAUGGAGUCCUGAGAGGGAACAGAAAAGGUGUCGCACAGCUUCUGAAGCCUUUCUCCAAAACAGACCCACGACUACAAGUGGCCCUUCCAGAUGCUGAGCCUCUUAUCCACUUUGCCUUGAACUGUGGUGCAAAGGGCUGCCCACCAAUCAAAACUUACACUCCACAGGACAUUGACAGCCAGCUCCGCACAGCUGCUGAGGCCUUCCUAGAGAACGAUGACGCCUGCCUGGUGGAUUCUGGGAAAAAGGAAGUGCGACUCAGUCAGAUUUUCAAAUGGUACAAAGCUGAUUUUGGAGGCACUGAUGAGAAGCUUCUGAAGUGGGUGUUGGAGCACAUGGGUGACUCUCCGAAGAAGAGCAGCCUGGAGGAUGUCCUCUCUGCCGGGAAGACUAAAGUCAGCUUCCUCCCUUACGACUGGAGCACCAACAGUUCCCACUGAGCACGCUUACACACAGAAACGUUAAUGUCCAGCUACAUGCUCUGUCUUCUUCGCAUCUCUCCACAACCUGGAGGUUUGUGACGACAUGUUGCACAACGCAGUCCUCUGGUCCUAAACAAUGCAAAUGUUUUUUAUGCAAAAGAAAAUGCUAAUAAUUGUAAAGCAGGUGGUGAGAGGGGUAAUUGCACUGUACUACUGAAUCUCUUGUAGGCUUAUCAUAGCUUUAAGGUCCAAUUGUAAGCUCCUUCACCCUCUGUUUAUAUGUCUGUGAUGUGUAUUGGUUGAAGUAAUGACAACAGAGCAGUUCAAAGAAACAAAAAGUUAGAGGGAAACUUAACGCAGCAGCGGAAUACAUAGGAAGUGUGUUCUGCUCAGGAGGCAUGUUUGAGUAAAUAUCAAAGACAGCAAACUUAAAGUGUGCUGUACAAUAAUUAGAGAACAAUAUGGCUUCCUUGUUCUCCUGCUCUGGUUUAUCAACAUCAUGUAAAGAACUCAGGCGCCACAUGAUUCAAAUCUCCCUGCUUUUACACUUCGCGGGUUGUUUGUUGAGCAUUCACUCAGAGCAGACAGAGGCGACACUUGACAAGCCAUAUCAAACUCUUUCAACUUUCUAAAUCUUCUCACUCAUGUCUCAAGCUUCUUCAUUAUUUUGGUGCCAUUUUUGAACAGGCAGAUAUUAACAGGUUACUUCAGGAAAAGGGAAUAAUGCCUCAUGUAAAAGCUGUCAUCUGAUGCCCAGUGAAUAUUUACUACUAAAAUACAAACAUGACUCUCUCAGUGACUCAUAGAUAGAUAGUUGCUGUUCAAACUCUUUCGUAAUUUAUGAACUUUUCUAUUCUAAACAACUUUGGCCCAGGUAAUGCUAUGGUUUUUUUUUAUCAGACAAACGGAACCUGGUGAGUUGCUGCUCCUGCUUUUAUCUUAAAGGUGGUUGAACUGGAACUGGAGCUGGAGCUGGAGCAGGGGCUUUUAGGAGGUUGUCUCAAUUUAUGGGCAGUAUCCCUUAAGUGGGACUCUGUCUGAAUUUAAAAAAAGAUGCUCUUGCAUGUCUUGAUUUCUAACCUUAAGUGGUACUUAUUAGUGUGGUCCUUUCUUUAUUGUUGUUAAUCCAAAAUUUUGAUCUAGGUCUUCCAUCUUGAAUCAAAAGAAGUGCAACUUACCUGUUUUUCAAAUUUGUUUAUUUUUUAUAAGUAAUUUAAUAAAAGUUAUACUUAUAUUAUGAAUAAUUAAAAUUAGGGAUGCACCGAUCCUACGAUUUAGGUAUCGAUACCGAUACCUGGGCUAUGGUAUCUGCCGAUACUGAUACUAAGCCGAUCCAAUCCAGGUAUUGAUUUGACAAUCUCUAUUCCUCAAUGUGAGGAUAGAAUCAUGUUUUGGCAACUUCAGGCUUUUCUGACUUUGUCGGAACAAUUAAAUCCAAUAACCUGUCAGUUUUUUCACACUUUGAAUCCAUUAAACAAAGGUUUCUUCCUUCUUUGCAGUAGGCUACAGCUGACGUAAACUUCUUCCUUUGGGCUUCCAUUAUAUUUUUCAGCGCGACUGCCAUCCGUCGAAACAUUAGCACUGCACAUGUUGAGAGUUUCCGGCGGAGUUGUUAGCAAAAGAAGCGUGAUGUGCACCUAAACUGCAGUGCCUCUGUAGUUAUCCUCCAUCAUGCUCCACCAGCCGGCGCUGAUGACGUAGGAGACGCACAUGGCUGUUGUAAACACAGAAAAGCAGAAAAGAACUGAGAUGAAUAGAUCUGCCAUAUGGGGAGGCACUAUAUAUCGGCCCCUUGUCACCGGUAUCCAAUCUAGCUUUUUGAGUCCAAUCUAGCCGAUAUCCGAUACCAGGAUCUGAAUGGUGCAUCCCUAAUUGAAAUCUUGAAUAAAAGUGCAGCCAUUUUGGAUACGACUGAAACACUUAGUAUUUUUCCCACUCAGAAAAAUAUCCACAACUAGACUAUAUCACAAUAUUCUAAGAAUAGCAAGCUAUUUAUAUUUAAUGAAGAGUAGAAGUCUUGAAUAUAUUUUUGUUUACAGAACAUUAAUGUAGCAGUUUAUUUUGAUUGGAGUUUGCAGGUUUCAGUUUAAGCCUACAUAGAGUGCCCCACCUUACCUACGCGAAAAACCCAACACCAGUGGUUUACUGAGCCUUAUAUGUUGAAGCCUUUUCUUUUAACAUAUCAGUAAUCUCUUUUUGAUGUGUGAUUGCCACAUAUUAUUCUUAGUAUUGUUUAUGUAGAUGACUACUAUGAGUGUGCAGAUUCAAAAAGAAAUCUUUUCAAGGGGCUUUUACAUUCUGUAGCUUCCCCAGGAUUUACUUCUCUCAGGUUGAAGGAAAAUGUGGGGUCAGGUUUUACGUUUGUUAUCACAGUAUGCUGCAUGUUGUUGAAGAGCUACUUACAGGCCAUAACUCUUUAGAGAGACAUCAUGUCACACACACCAAUAGACUGUCAGUUUCUUUGUCUUUGGGCUGUAUGCAGCAUCAAAGCUUAUGGACUAAUAAGCAUGUGUUUAAGCUAGAAUGCAUUUGCUGCAUGAGAUACUGGAAACCCUCCAACCUUGAAUGGUGCCCUGUGGCAGGAUUGCAUCUGUUACUGUUAUGUUGUAAGGCUCAGCUAUAAGAAACAUGAGAUAUUAGUAAAAUAACUUUGAGAGAAAUAUACAUUGACACUUUGCCCUCAGUUUAACAAAGUGUCUUAGAAAGCCUUAUUGUGAAACUAAGUUUAUAAAGCUAGCCAUAUUUAAAAUGUAACCCUUUACAGGCAAUAGAUUUGGACUACUCUGUCUGAGUGUACUGAGGCUUUUCUAUUAAAGCAAAUAGGGGAAGAUACAGUAUGUCAGCUGAAAUAAAGAGAACAUAAGGAUUUUUCUUAUAUAAAAUGAUCCCUGUCAUUUCCAAAGUUACCUCAUGAAUCAGGACAAUGUGAUGCAAAAACUUUUUUAAACAAGAAAUUCUAAUGUAAUCUUAUGUGAUUAUUGUACUUGCCUCUUUCCUGAGGAUAAAAAUAAAGCAAUAUGUUUAUGAAAUGGUAAUUAUGCAAUGCUGAACUACAAAUAAAACUUUAAAAAUGGA